AUGCUCUUCGAAGAACGACCACAGGGCGUCGAGUCCGAGAUUGCCCAGCUAGAAGCUCGUCUCCACGAUAUGCGCGCCCAGCUCGACCAAUCCACAUAUCCCACACCACCUUCCUCACACCCCGACAAGUCCUGGACUUUGCCAUCCUCCACAAUCUAUAAUAAUAAGAACCCCCAAUUCAACUCCAACACCACCCGCUCCACUUCCCUCCACGCCCUCCUCUUGCUCUCUGACUCCGCACUCCCUCUCGGCUCUUUCGCCUUCUCCAGCGGCCUAGAAUCAUAUCUCGCCCAUAAUAAGUCUCGCCGCACAAAUGCAAACCCUGUCUCCUCUUUCCACCACUUUCUGAAACUCUCUAUCGCCUCUAUCGCAAGCACAUCCCUCCCCUACGUGCUGGCCGCAUACCGACACCCUCAAACUCUUGAUACCCUCGAUAAUGACCUCGACGCUUCGACCCCGUGCGUCGUCGCGCAACGCGCAAGUGUCGCGCAAGGACGCGCCCUUAUUGGCGUCUGGGAGCGCGCCUUCCGGGCCAGCUUCGCGUCGCCCGGCAAAUGUAUGUCGGAUAACUAUGAGGACGCGGAGGCUAAGACGGCGACUUCGGCCAUUGAUGAAUUCUCCGAUGCUCUCAAGUCUUCCUUUGAGGACGUCGAUGAAUAUGAUCUUGGGCCUCGCGGCCAUUUCGCGCCGCUGUGGGGUGUCGUUUGUCGUGCUAUGGGGCUGGAUCUCCAGCAGACGGCGUAUACUUUUGUUUUGAACCACGCCAAGGCCGUGCUGAGCGCGGCAGUGCGCGCCUCAGUAAUGGGUCCAUACCAGGCACAGAAUAUUCUUGCGAGCCAGAGUCUGCAAGAUACGAUUAUGGCGCGCAUUGAGCGGGAGUGGAACACCGAGCCGGAAGAAGCCGGGCAGGUUGUGCCCGCACUGGACCUGUGGAUCGGUCGGCAUGAACUGCUGUACAGCCGCAUCUUUAACUCAUAA